AUGGCCGGGCAAGGCGGGAGCGGCGCGGCGCGGAGCGGCGGAGGCCGCGGCGUUGUGAUUUCAGACAACUGGCCUGGAUACAGCCUGGAUUUGUUCACUUACCCCCAGCACUACUACGGAGAUCUGGAAUAUGUGCUCAUACCUCACGGCGUUAUUGUUGACAGGACAGAACGAUUGGCCAAAGAUAUUGUGCAAGAUAUUGGAGACAAUGAUAUUGUGGUUCUCUGUGUCCUCAAAGGUGGCUACAAGUUCUGUGCUGACCUCGUGGAGCACAUUAAAAAUCUCAGCAGAAAUUCAGAAAGGUUCAUCUCCAUGAAAGUCGAGUUUGUUAGACUGAAAAGUUACCAUAAUGAUCAGUCCAUGCAGGAUAUGCAGAUCAUGGGAGGAGAUGACCUUUCGAAGCUGACUGGGAAGAACGUUCUAAUCGUGGAGGAUAUUGUUGGAACUGGAAGGACUAUGAAGGUUCUGCUUAAUAAUAUAGAAAAAUACAAGCCAAAAAUGAUUAAAGUGGCAAGUUUGUUGGUGAAAAGAACAUCUUGGCCCGAUGGGUACAGACCAGACUAUUAUGGAUUUGAAAUUCCAGAUUUGUUUGUGGUAGGUUAUGCCUUAGACUACAACGAGCACUUCAGAGACCUAAACCACAUCUGUGUUAUCAACAACCAUGGCAAAGCAAAAUACAGAGUCUGA